CAGUUAGAGAGCAGGUUGUGUUUUCUCUGAUAAGACUAUUUUUGCCUGGUGCGCGCAUGCGUUUGUUCAAUCAGUUUCCAAAAAAUCGUGAAAAAUCCUUUUGCCAUAGCAAGCAACGCGUACACACAGAAAAGCAAAAAAAAAAAGGAGCUUGAAUAGCCGAGAAAAAGCAAUCAACAAAACUAAGGCAGAAGUUACUUUGUUCUUCUACCGAACUAAAUUCAAAUUGGAAGUGAAGGGUGUAUAAACAUACACACAAGCUACACACACACACACACACGUACGCACGCACCGGCACGCAUACAACUACAGACAGACGUAGAAGGCGUAAUAGAAACACCGGCAAAAACGGAGGAACACAAUUAAGAAACCAAUAACAAACUAACCAAAAAUUAAAUAAAAUUAUAAACAACAACUGAGCACUGCACAACUGACUGCUGAAGUGUGAGGCAGAGAGAACGGAGCGCUGCUGACAAAGGAUAACAAGCCGAACAGCCAUUAAAACGCGCAUUUCACGCACAUAGAUUCACCGGCAGGGUCCAAUUCGCAAGUGUUAAAAGCCGCCACCAUUGCUCCCAUAAGCACCAUGAACGGCCAGAGCUGUGAGCUGAAUCACAGCAACGGCGACAUCAUCUCACAGAAUCAACAAAAGGGCUGGUGGACCAUUGGCCUGAUCAAUGGCCAGCAUAAGUAUAUGACGGCCGAGACAUUUGGCUUCAAGGUGAAUUCCAAUGGCGCCAGCUUAAAGAAGAAGCAGCUCUGGACGCUCGAGCCAUCCAACACCGGUGAAAGUAUUAUCUAUUUACGAUCUCAUCUGAACAAAUACCUAUCGGUUGAUCAGUUCGGCAACGUGCUGUGCGAGAGCGAGGAGCGCGACGCGGGCAGCCGGUUUCAGAUAAGCAUCAGUGAGGACGGCAGUGGCCGCUGGGCAUUGAAGAAUGAGUCGCGUGGCUAUUUUCUGGGCGGCACGCCCGAUAAACUUGACUGCACGGCCAAGACGCCCGGAGCCGGCGAGUUCUGGACGGUGCAUUUGGCGGCCAGGCCACAGGUGAACUUGCGUUCGAUUGGACGCAAGCGCUUUGCGCAUCUAUCCGAAUCGCAGGACGAGAUACAUGUGGAUGCGAACAUACCCUGGGGCGAGGAUACGCUCUUCACGCUCGAGUUCCGUGCCGAGGAGGGCGGACGCUAUGCGCUGCACACGUGCAACAACAAAUAUUUGAAUGCCAAUGGCAAGCUCCAGGUGGUCUGCAAUGAGGAUUGCCUGUUUAGUGCCGAGUACCAUGGCGGGCAUUUGGCGCUGCGCGAUCGCCAGGGCCAGUAUCUGUCGCCAAUUGGCUCGAAGGCUGUGCUCAAGUCACGCUCAUCGACUGUGACGCGCGAUGAGCUGUUCUCGCUGGAGGAUUCAUCGCCGCAGGCCUCGUUCAUAGCUGGCCUCAAUUUGCGCUAUGUGAGCGUUAAGCAGGGCGUCGAUGUUACCGCCAAUCAGGACGAGGUGGGCGAGAAUGAGACAUUCCAGCUGGAGUACGAUUGGUCGGCGCAUCGCUGGGCCUUGCGCACCACACAGGAUCGUUACUGGUGCCUGUCCGCCGGUGGCGGCAUUCAGGCAACUGGCAAUCGCCGUUGCGCCGAUGCUCUGUUCGAGCUCAUCUGGCAUGGCGAUGGCUCCUUGUCGUUCCGCGCCAACAAUGGCAAGUUCUUGGCCACAAAGCGUUCGGGGCAUCUGUUUGCCACCUCCGAGUCCAUUGAGGAGAUCACCAAGUUUUAUUUCUAUUUGAUUAAUAGACCCAUAUUGGUGCUCAAGUGCGAGCAGGGCUUCGUUGGCUAUCGCACGCCUGGCAAUCUCAAGCUGGAGUGCAACAAGGCCACCUAUGAGACCAUUUUGGUGGAGCGCGCCCAGAAGGGCAUGGUGCAUCUGAAGGCGCACAGCGGCAAGUACUGGCGCAUUGAGGGCGAGAGCAUAUCAGUGGACGCCGAUGCGCCCGUCGAUGGCUUCUUCUUGGAGCUGCGCGAGCCCACACGCAUCUGCAUAAGAUCGCAGCAGGGCAAGUAUUUGGGUGCCACCAAGAAUGGCGCCUUCAAGUUGCUGGACGAUGGCACCGAUUCGGCCACACAGUGGGAGUUCUAGAGCUUUCAACUUUCGCUUUCAGUUUGCUGCGCGUGUAACAACAACAACUAAAACUACAACUACAACAACAAUUAAAACACUACACGAAUAAAAUAUUUGAACAUUUUUG